GUGAUGUUUGUGUCUGUGGUCACGUAUGACGUAAAGAGCCGCCGUGUUCGUGUGCUAUCCUGAUGAACCUUGUUUCCGUGGACGAUUGAUAACCUCAUUGUUUACCCUGUUAUGAAUACCCGAUAACAUACCCACCUCACUUGCUCCGUACAUCAAUCUGUGCGUGACAGGAUACACCGCUGGAUAUGGUUGAUCGUCGGGUAAAGAUGAAGGCAACAGCUGGAACACAGGAAGGGUUAGACCCCGCUGUCGUUGUUCCUGGCUCAGAAGAUAUGCCAAAAGACUUAUCCAAUAUUGAACUUCUAAAGGAUCCAGCACCGGGUCCUUUGGACGUUUACAGAAAACAGGCUUCUUUUGACUGGAAGAAAAUGAGAUUAUUCAUGGACGGCGAAGAAAUAAUUAGAUACAAGAAUAUGAUAUGGACCACACUUGAAAAAGAUCCAUUGUUCUCCCAACCAAUGGUAACAGAUACUGUAGAAAAACAAAGAGAAGUAACAUUUUACCGAUGUAAACGUCUUUUUGAAUACAACUUCCUGUCUGAAGAAGACCUGUUUGAAAAUCCUCUCAAACAUAAGAUUUUGACUGACUGCCUGGGCAUGUAUAACUGGUCAUUGGGAGCCAAGUAUCAGUUGAAUGUGGAGAUGACAGGAGGAACCAUUCAGGCCUCUGGAUCUGCUAGACAUGGGGAUAUUGUGGAAAAGAUAAAGAAAUUUGAUUAUUUUGGUUGUUUUGCCCUCACUGAACUGAGUCAUGGUAGCAACACUAAGGCAAUGAGGACAACGGCAACCUAUGACCCGAAAACACAGGAGUUUGUACUCCAAACCCCUGAUUUUGAGGCAACGAAGAUUUGGUCGGGAAACAUGGGAAAAGUGGCCACCCAUUCCAUUGUGUACGCCCAACUGUACACACCAGAUGGCAAGUGUCAUGGUCUACACUCCUUCGUUGUGCCCAUCAGAGAUCCCAAUACAUUGCUGGCCUACCCAGGAGUCAUUGUUGGUGAUAUGGGAGAGAAGCUCGGACAGAAUGGACUUGAUAACGGCUUUAUGUCAUUCAACAACUAUCACAUCCCUCGUGAGAUGUUGCUGAAUAGGACAGGUGAUGUCAAGGCAGACGGCACAUAUGUCACUCCAUAUAAGGAUCCCAGUAAGAGAUUUGGAGCAUCACUUGGUGCUUUGUCAGGGGGACGUGUCGGGAUCACAGGAAUGUGUACCUGUAACCUCAAACUAUGUCUGCCAAUUGCUUUGCGAUACUCUGCAGUCAGAAGACAGUUUGGCCCACCAGGAGGCGAGGAGAUACCAGUGCUGGAGUAUCAGUUACAGCAAUGGCGUCUUAUCCCUUACCUUGCUGCCACCUACGCACUUGAACACUUUUCCGACUCCUUUUUCAUGGACUUUGUGGGGAUUCGUGUUGGCCUGUUGCUAGGUGACAAUUCUGAUUGGCAGGCAGAGCUAGGGAGAGAGAUCCAUGCUCUCUCGUGUGCCAGUAAACCUUUUGCUGCUUGGGUCGCACGAGAUGCCAUUCAGGAAUCUCGUGAGGCAUGUGGAGGACAUGGCUUUUUCAAAGUCAAUCGUCUUGGAGAGAUUCGUGAUGACCAUGACCCCAAUUGUACAUAUGAGGGAGACAACAAUGUCAUCUUACAGCAGACCAGUAACUACCUGUUAGGUCUACUGGAGUCAAACAUCAGGAAAGGUGAAACAAUUAACACGCCGCUCAACAGUGUCAAUUUCCUAAAUGAUCUAGAUGGCCUGCUGCAGACUAGAUUUGAGGCACGAUCAGUAGAAGACUGCUUCAACCCUGAAGUAUCCUUGCGAGCAUAUAAAUGGCUGGUGGGCCGUUUGCUGGUGGAUAGUGCUGAGCGCCUGAAGGAGCAGGGACAGUCUGGUAAAGAUAACUUUUCUGCAAGGAACGACAGUCAGGCCUACUAUUGUCGCACACUAGCUCUCGCUUACAUAGAGCACACAGUCCUGGAAAGGUUUCAUCAAUUGGAGACAGAAGGCAGGAAUGGUGACACACCUCCGGAGCUCAAACCAGUCCUCAAUAAAAUGUGUGCCCUGUUUGGUCUGUGGAGGCUGGAGAAACACUUGUCAACACUGUAUCAAGGAGGAUACAUCAAAGGAAGUAACCCUCCAAAGCUGAUACAGGAAGCCAUCCUCAGACUUUGCAAUGCUCUCAAGAGUGAAGCCAUCUCAUUGGUUGAUGCGAUUGCCCCAACUGAUUUUGUAUUGAAUUCUCCCAUUGGUCGGUCAGAUGGACAGAUCUAUAAGAACCUAUAUGGAGCAAUGAUCCAAGGACCAAAUGCUUUGGAGCGUCCUGAUUGGUGGCGAGACUUUGUGGACAACAAACCUGUGGUUGGAUCCAAGUCAAAGUUAUAAACAGACACAGAUUUUAAAUGCUACAUAUUUGUAGCUGACUCUGAACAAAAACUUCCCAGGAGGGCAAAUUAUGUGAUGUUAUAUUGAUAUUUCAACCGUGUGAGAUAAAACGGAUAUAGUGAUAGGUUUUACUGGACAGGAGAAUGUACCAUAUCAUUAUUUACUGUAUGCAAAUGAAAGUGGGUAUUAUAAUGAUUCACAUGGUGGCUCAGUAAUAUGUUAGAUGUAGUCAGUAUAAACGGUCCUAAAAUAUUGACAGAUUAGAUUCCAGACAUUGCCAGGGAUUUCUUUUUUUUUUUUCUGAAGUCUUACCAUAAUGAGUAUAUUUGUAACUCUGCUUUGCAGACCUCAGUGUACAUCUCUUGUUGAAUUCAGAGACUGGAACAGUGUAGUAAUACAUGGCUUCCCUUAACCCCAACCCCCGCAGAAAAUGUCUGUGGUUAGUGAAAUCAAUGUCAUUAAAAAUGUGUGUGCAGAAUGAAGACUUAAAUCAACACAAAUUCUUAUUCAUUUUGUCACUGAAUCAGUUUACUGCAUGUGAUUUUAUAUUGAACCAUGGAUUGAUGUGUUGUUAUGAAAUAUUUACAUCUGUGAUCUGUGAUUUAAGAGACUAUAAAUGCCAUCCCGUGCUCAUUGUGAUUAUAGAAACGAUGGCAGUUUGAUGUCAAAAUGGCUAUUCCAACUGAUGGCUUGCACUUUCAGUAUUGAAUAAUUUAUUUUGUUUAAAGUGACUUACAAUCAUGAGAAGACGGCAACAUAUAUAGAGAAUGUAAAUAUAAGCACUGAAUAAUCAUGUGUUAUAAUUGACAAGUCUGCAUGUGUAAGUGUGCAUGUAAUAUGAUGUUUGCCUACCAAGCUAAAUCAUUUAUAAAGACCAUGAAUGCCAUAACAUGACAGUUCAGUGUAAUUUUAUCUUAUGAAUGCUUUUUAAAUUAUUUAUUUACAACAAGACUUGAAAACAUUAUGGAUGACCUUUUCUUUUUGCCUGGUUGAUUUUUUAUUUUCAAUAUAUAUGUACAUAUGAUUUUACCAAGGCAAUAUUCUGUAUUGUUUUGACAAACAAAAUCAACAUGGCAAUUUGACUUAUCAUCACUUGUUUCCAAACUGACCAUACAUAUGUACAAUAGUCCAUACCUAUGUAACCAUGGAUUAAACUUUCAGGUACAUUUCAAUCCAAAUCAGUCCACAAUGUUUUUCCUGAAGAAAUCAUGCUGAGUUUCUAUCGACACACAAGUCACCAUGGAGCAUAUUUUCUGUAUAAAGUCUGUAUAAAAUUAGGUACACAAUAUACAUACAUGUCCUAUUAAAUGUACCUAGACCAGUCAAGAUAAUUCUACAUGCAAAUUUCCUUCGUAACCAUGGUGAUGCUAGCUGUAGUAGUCUAGUUGCAUUCCAUUUGUCAUUCCAGCACAAAAAGUGCUUUGUCACGACGUUGUUGUACCUAGUGAGUAAUUAAUAGAAUGAAAUAACAGAUUGUCACCUAAAUAAAGAAACUAAAAGGGC